GUGCCUCUUGGGCCUCCACACAAGCAAAAUGUCAACAAUUAGUAUUGUAUGUACUCAAUCAUCCACAUUGACUAACUGGUGCGCAUUGUGGAUGCGAGCGAGCGAGCGACAUGGGAUGCUUCGCGUAUAAAAUGUGCUGCAAAUUGGGCAAAAGGAGUACUCAGCUUUGAUCAUUACAUCAGCCCAUUCAUGGUCAUGGCGAUCCCGUUGCUUCUUGCCCAAUUACUCCUACUGGCAGUGGCACUAGCAGCGGUGCAAGCGGCGCCGGGCUUGCACCCCGUGGUCCUGGUGCCGGGCUACGCCACCAACGAGCUGGACGCGCGGCUCACCGAGCUCUACCGGCCGUCGUCGCCGGGCUGCGGGGCGCGCAAGGGGGAGGGGUGGUUCCGCCUCUACCUCAACUACUCCGCCCUCCAGGACCCCGGCAACGUGCCGUGCUUCGCGGAGCAGAUGAGCUCCGUGUACGACCCCGCCGCCGACGACUACUCCAACGUCGCCGGCGUGGAGACGCGCGUCCCCUUCUUCGGCUCCACCCAAGCCUUCCGCUACCCCGAUCCUGAUCGCAAGAAUUUCUCCUACAUGAGCACGUUCGUGGAGCGGCUGGAGAAGACGGGGUACCGCGACGGCGAGACCAUGUUCGGCGCGCCCUACGACUUCCGGUACGCCGUUGCGCCGGUGGGGCGCCCGUCCAGGGUCGGCGACGCCUUCUUCCGGGCGCUUAAGAACCUAGUCGAGAGGGCGAGCGGGCUCAACGGCGGCAGGCCGGUGGUGAUCGCCACCCACAGUUUCGGCGGCCUGCUGGCGCACCAGUUCCUCAUCCGCCAGCCGCUGGCCUGGCGCCGGCGGUUCGUGGGGCGCUUCGUGCCCAUCGCCGCCCCGUGGGGCGGCCUCGUCCGGGGAAUGCAGACGCUGGUCUCCGGAAACAACCUGGGCCUGCCAUUCGUGGACCCGCGCGCGCUGCUGCGGCAGGGCAGGAGCCAGCAGAGCAGCCUGUGGAGACUGCCCAGCCCGGCCGCCUUCGGCGCCGCGACGCCAUUGGUGACCACCAAGAGCAGGAACUACUCGGCCGGCGACGUGGCGGACUUCCUCGUCGCCAUCGGGUUGGGCGAGGCCGUCGGGCCGUACGAGUCCCGCGUGCUGCCGCUGUUCGGCGGGGAGCUGCCGCAUCCCGGGGUGCCGGUGACCACCGUCGUCGGGGUCGGGGUGGGGACGCCGGAAAGGAUAGUGUUCCCCGGGGAUGAUUUCGACGCGACGCCGUCCGUGGUCGCCGGGGACGGCGACGGGGUGGUGAACCUGGUGAGCGCCGUGGCGGUGGAGACGUCGUGGAGCCACCGUGGUGUGGAUUUUAGUAUGGUCAAGGUGUCCAACAUGUCCCAUAAUGCCCUUCUGGUGGAUGAUCGAGCGCUCGAGAUCAUCAUCCGAGAGAUUCAACGGGCUGAUUAGUUAUGGUCUCAUUCACCUGGACAGCCGUUGGAUCAAAAGCAUGCUGAGAUUCGUGUUCUAGUGUCGUUGUCCACUCUUGUUUGUCCCAUGGUUGACCGUGCAGCCCUCUCGUUAAUCGUUUUUUUUUUCUUUUUCUAUUGCCAGGCCGAGCUUCAUUGUGAGUUUGGUUUGGCGAGGCUGAUGUUUUUUUUAAACAUUGUGACGGCUCAAUAAAAGGACGUCGAUAACACCCACACAUGUGAGCGUUAAGGGAUCUGGCCACACGUUUUGUAUGGUGUUUAAGAGGACCAACCCACACGCCGAUGUGUGGGCAAAACAACUAGCGUCCAUACGUCUCUUUUUUCCCUCACGGUCCCUCUCACACGCCUACGUGUGGGCAAAAUGGAUAACGCCCACACGACCUCUCUCAGCCACCUACCUUACGGUCCCGCACGCCCCGCGUGAUAGUCAUCACGCGUCCUCGCAGUUGCCAAGGUCCGGACCCUCUUCAAUUUUCGUUUAACUGCAGUUGUCAUGUCGCUGAACUACAGUUGACAUGUCGGACAACUACAGUUGCCAUGGUUGCUCAACUGCAGUUGCCAUCUCAGGUCAAGUGUCAGAUGCCAUUUUGGACAACUGCAGCUGUUGCCAUGUAUGGUCUGGUUUACUAUAGUUGCCAUGAUUUGAAAACUUUAGGGAUUGCCACCUACUAACACUAGGCAGUUGCCAUGUAUGGUCUGGUUUACUACAGUUGCCAUGAUUUGAAAACCUUAGGAGUUGCCACCAACUAACAUCAGGCAGUUGCCAUGUAGCGCUACAAAGAGACAUGGCAAAAUAACAUAUUUCGGGUAAAGAGAGAGUUGCCAUCUGCUUACAAGCACACUAGGAAAGUUGCCGUGUACCCUGCAAAACACAUGACAACUGACAUGUUCGGGUAAAAAAAGAGAGUUGCCAUCUGCUUACAAGCACACUAGGGUAGUUGCCAUGUAUACUGCAAAACACAUGGCAACUGACAGCUUUGGGUGUGAGAGAGGAGACGGGUGUGUGGGCGAGAUGGCAAAUGCCCACACACCAGCCCUUGUGCGUGAGUGAAAACAGACCUAUGGGCG